UAGGCUUAUAUUUCUUGAAACUGCUCACUCCUCACUUCCCUCUUCCCACUCCCCAGAUCCCAAAGGAGUGUCUUUUCUUUUUUUAUCAAGUUUGUUGUUUAUAUUUAACAACCUAGAGUUAAGGAUUUUUUUUGUGCUAAUUAGAUUUAAGGAUUUUAAAUAAUGGACAUAAAAGUGCUUUCUUCCGGAGUUCAGUACUCAAAUCUGCCGGAGAGUUACAUCCGACCCGAAUCGGAGCGACCUCGUCUUUCCGAGGUUUCGGAGUGCGAGGAUGUUCCAAUCAUCGACUUAGGUUCUCAAAAUAGAGCCCAGAUUGUUCACCAAAUCGGUGAAGCCUGCAGAAACUAUGGUUUCUUCCAGGUGAUUAAUCACGGGGUGGCUUUAGAAGCGGCAAAGGAAAUGGAAGAAGUGGCACAUGGAUUCUUCAAGUUGCCAGUGGAGGAGAAGCUCAAGUUGUACUCGGAAGACACAUCAAAGACAAUGAGACUGUCUACUAGUUUUAAUGUGAAAAAAGAGACGGUGCAUAAUUGGAGGGAUUAUCUUAGGCUUCACUGCUAUCCAUUGGAGAAAUAUGCGCCUGAAUGGCCUUCUAAUCCACCCUCUUUCAAGGAAACUGUUACAGAAUACUGCACAAUAAUUAGGGAAUUGGGGUUGAGGAUACAGGAAUACAUAUCAGAGAGUUUGGGCCUAGAAAAAGACUACAUAAAGAAUGUAUUAGGGGAACAAGGGCAGCACAUGGCUGUGAACUACUAUCCACCAUGCCCAGAACCAGAACUUACCUAUGGAUUGCCAGGGCACACUGACCCAAAUGCACUUACAAUUCUGCUUCAAGACCUUCAAGUUGCUGGCCUUCAAGUUCUCAAAGAUGGCAAGUGGCUUGCCGUUAGUCCCCAACCUAAUGCCUUUGUCAUUAACAUUGGCGAUCAACUUCAGGCUUUGAGUAAUGGGCUUUAUAAGAGUGUGUGGCACCGUGCUGUUGUCAAUGUUGAGAAACCAAGGCUUUCUGUGGCUUCAUUUCUUUGUCCAAAUGACGAGGCAUUGAUAAGCCCUGCAAAACCACUCACCGAACAUGGAUCCGAAGCCGUAUACAGAGGAUUUACAUAUGCAGAAUACUAUAAGAAGUUUUGGAGCAGGAACUUAGACCAAGAACACUGUUUGGAACUUUUCAAGAACAAGUAACCCUUUAGGUGUGAUUGGCAAGAACCAAAAUAAUGCUAAUAAGAGUAUUCUUUAUAGUUUGUUUUUCACUGCUUUUGCCGUUUUAUUGUUAGUGCAUUUGGUGAUGGCAAAUUAUAGUUUGUUACACAACUUCAAUAUGUCAGAGUCAGACGCUCAUCAUUUCUCGUGUGGUCAUAUUAAUAUAGCUGCAAGACCGAACUGCUUAUUAUUUUGAUUCAUGUGGAACAAGUUACAUUUCCCAAGAAGCAAUCGUACUCUAGUAGCUUUAUCUUGGGAAGAUAAAAUGGCAUGUAAUAUUCAUAUGUUGAACCUUCAAAAUUUCCUAGCGCUGCUCAUGCAUUCUUGGUCAUAGAGAAGCGCUACGGAAAAGUAUCUUAAAUUUGGAACUUUAUUUUUGUCACAAUUCUGAGAA